CACAAAUUGUUAGUUGUCGGUAAAUGUUUUAGGUAUGACUAAGCGUGAACUAUUAAGUUCUUUUAGCGUCGCCUGUCUUAUUAUUUUGGCCACACUGGACAGCAACCCGGAUGCAGUCCCAACACAACAAGCAGCAGUCAAAACUGAGCAAACUUCAGUAACAGAAGGGAUAUCAAAAUCGGUAUUAAAUGUAUUACAGCAACGCCACCAACUUUAUCCACAGCAACAACAAGUGUCAAAUUUGAAACCCAUACAAAUAAAGGAGGAAAGUAAGGAAACGAAAAUCGAUAAAAAGCGGGCAGAGCUGAAUGAGAAAAACAAAGCAGUAGCUAUCAGUCUAUCCCCACCGAUUCACUUCAGGGCAAGGCACUUUAGAAAUGACUUGCGAUUACAAACGGUACCAAAUUACAUCCCAGACAAGACGAAUUUGGAAACGGUGUGCGUUGGUCGCUCGACAGUAUACAAUAUUCCCCGAGUGAUUAGAUAUCUUAAACCAGAAAUCAUUGGCAAUACAAAGCGGCUGACAGUGCCAAAUUUUAUCAGUAGUCGCAAUAUUUAUAUGGAUCUAAGACAAGAGCUCUACAACAGAGGCAGAUCCGAAGAGUGCCACGUGAAGAAGAAUAUUCAAUGGCGGGACUAUUUGGAAUGUGCUCUAAGGCGUAAUCAACGAAUGGAAUACCUUAUUCCGAAAUAUCCAUUGCACCAGGUACACUAUUUUGACCAGACGGCCCUCGUGCCCGAAUACUGAUGUGAAACCGUAAAUAAUUUGGAAUCUCAACAAUUAGCAAAUGAAUAAGUAAAAAUCCUGUAUACAUUGCAUCCCCUUUACAAAUAUAAUAUACAUAUAUAUAUAUUAAUAAAUAAAUAUA